UGUAGUUCUGUCUAUGAGAAUAAAACAAUUGUCAUUAUAACCGACCAGCCCCCACCGGUGUACGGGGCUGCACGCACGACUAACCAUACCAAUUAGUCCCACUAAUUAGCCCGUCAAUUAGCUGGCAUUGUUCUACUCAUUCAACAAUGACGAAGACUUGAGUUCGGUAUAACCAAUAUCUAUCCGAUGUAUCUGGUGUCUUGUGUUGCGACUUUCACCGUCCUGGUCUACUGUAUAGGUACGACAGUGGCCGACUGUUCCUAUCUCAUUAAACACUACGACAAUAGGACAGCUACCUACAGGGAAGACAUCCGGUACAGGGACUGUCGCCGGACUGAGGAAUGCUGUGGGAACUACACAGACCGACGAUGUUGUCUCCUCAAAUCUCAAGAAAUGACAUCUCCGAAAAGUGAAGGCAGCCAGCAUGCGCCUGCGUUGUUGCUCGCAGGGAUCACGACAGCAUUGAUAGUGAUCGGGGUGAUCGCCAUCUUCUGUUGGCGUUUAGUCUGUAUCUCUGCCUACAAGGAAGCUUCCGGCGCACGUGGUUCUAACCUACGUCUCAGACGGGGUCAAACGUCAUGUAUACAAGUCAUUUAG